AUGACGACUCCCACACCAUAUGAUUGUCCUGAUACCAAACAAGUGCCUGAUAACUGCGAUAAAUGUGAACAAACAACAACUAUAACUUGCAUACCUACUACAACAGUAUGUAAUUCCAAUUUUAUCUCUGAAGAUAUUUGUUGUAGUUCUGGUGGACCUGCACGAAAUGGUUCGACUACUUUUGGCCAAUUAAUUAGGUCUAUACCACCAACAACCGCUGAAGAUUGUUGUAGAGCAUGUUAUAAAGAUUCUAACUGUACUACAUAUUAUUUUUAUAAUUCUGAUGAUGGUACAGAUUGUGGUUUGUAUAAUAAUGAAGGACUUUGCUAUCAACUUAGUUCAACUCCUACCGAAAAUGAGGAAUAUGGAGAAGUAGGUUGUGGUCUUUGCAAACCAUAA